UCGGUGGGGCAGGGGUUCCGAUGUGGUCCCCGGGGCAGGAGUCCGAGGCCCCAGCCGGUGGGGAACCGGCGGGGCUGCUGCCCCCCGAGUGGGAGGAAGAUGAAGAACGGAUGUCCUUCUUGUUCUCCGCCUUCAAGAGGAGUCGGGAGGUGAACAGCACCGACUGGGAUAGCAAGAUGGGCUUCUGGGCGCCGCUGGUGCUGAGCCACAGUCGCCGCCAGGGGGCGGUGCGUUUGCGCCUGCGCGACCUUCAGGAGGCCUUCCAGCGCAAGGGGAGCGUCCCGCUCGGGUUGGCCACAGUGCUUCAGGACCUGCUCCGCCGAGGGGAGCUACAACGGGAGUCUGAUUUCAUGGCCAGCGUGGACAGCAGCUGGAUUUCAUGGGGUGUAGGUGUCUUCCUUUUGAAGCCUCUCAAAUGGACUCUUUCUAAUGUGCUAGGGGACAACAAAGUCCCUGCUGAAGAAGUGCUGGUGGCUGUGGAGCUGCUUAAGGAAAAAGCAGAGGAUGUAUAUCGUCUGUAUCAGAACUCUCCAAUCUCCUCUCAUCCUGUGGUGGCCCUGUCAGAGUUGAGCACCCUUUGUGCUAGUUCCUGCCCAGAUGAGCGAACCUUCUAUUUGGUAUUGUUACAGCUGCAGAAAGAGAAGAGAGUCACUGUUUUAGAACAGAAUGGUGAGAAGAUUGUGAAGUUUGCCCGAGGACUACAUGCCAAGGUCUCCCCAGUAAAUGAUGUAGAUGUUGGGGUGUACCAGUUGAUGCAGAGUGAACGGCUGCUCUCACGCAAGGUGGAGUCCCUGUCCCAGGAAUCAGAGAGAUGUAAAGAAGAUGCCCGACAAGCAUGCCGAGCUGGAAAGAAGCAACUGGCGCUAAGGCAUCUCAAGUCUAAGCAGAGGACAGAGAAGCGCAUUGAAGCACUACAUGCCAAGCUGGACACAGUACAAGGCAUUCUGGAUCGGAUCUAUGCUUCUCAAACAGAUCAGAUGGUUUUUAAUGCCUAUCAGGCUGGUGUAGGGGCCCUCAAACUUUCCAUGAAGGACAUCACAGUGGAGAAAGCAGAGAGUCUGGUGGACCAGAUCCAAGAGCUCUGUGAUACCCAGGAUGAAGUUUCUCAGACUCUGGCUGGGAUGGGGAUAAAUGGCUUAGAUAGUGACAGUGAGGAGCUGGAGAAGGAACUGGAUAUCCUCCUCCAGGACACCACCACCAAAGAACCUCUGGAUCUGCCCGAUACUCCCCACAAGCCAUUCUUCUCCACCAAUGUGCCUAAUCCCAGCAUUUCAGAUGCUGAGCUUGAAGCUGAGCUGGAGAAACUAUCCCUAUCAGAAGGAGGUUUGCUUCCAAGCUAUGAAUCCUCCAAAAGACAGCUGGAACCCACUCUCUAAUGCUAUCCCAGGACUUCCAUAUUAAGGAGAGAUCAGGCGUGUGUGUUUGUACAUAGUUAUUUAAUUGAAAAAAACUCUCAGAAUUUGAUGAGAUGGGGAAGAAGGACUACUCCAUUUAUCUGGAUACUACCAGUUGCUACAGGACAGAAGUUAUUUCUGGAAGUUAUGCUCCAAAAGCUUGCUCCCAGCUGGUGUCAUGGACCUGUCUGUCUUCUCAUCUUUAUAGUGCCACAAUCUAUGCUGUCCUGUGUUUGACCUAUUGUUCCAUAUAGCCUGCAGUCCUUGACUUUGGUCCAGUUAUGUUUGUCUUCACCCACCAACUCCCACUAGAAUUUUGUUCCAGCCAACAAAGGUGAGAGAUUGCAGAUCAGUUUUUCUCCCGUUGGUUAGAGGGACUUGUCAUCUUUACCUGUAGGUGUUUAUAAGUUUACUUAAACAACUUAUUCCUACCCAUUUCCAUUUUCACUGGUGAGGAGAAUCAGACAAGUUUUAUUCAAGGGGACUUAACUGCUACUUCUUCAAGGAGAAAACACACAUUGCAAAAGUUUCUGCUCUUAAUUAUCAUUGCAUCAAGUUUUUUAGGCUCAGAAAAAUUGUCACCCUUGAGUAAUUCAGGGUGAUGGCAUCUCUGGCUCUCACUGACUCCCAUUUCCUUUUGUGCAGAGGAGAAGAGAAUUCUUCUUGGCCUUUGAACUUGGGGUGGUGAGACCUAGGUGAUUGUGGAGUCAUCCUGUGUGAAUUGUGGAUGGCCAGGUCCCAUCUCUUUUAAUGCAAGCGGCUGCCCCUUUGCUCUGCCUUUGUUGGGGUAUGGUCAGAAGACCCUGAACAAACUACACAGCAAAAACUCCUUUCCAUGAGCCUGUGAAACAAGAGUGAAUUCUUUGCUCAAGUUUCAGAAGAAUUUUCUUUUGCAGAUAGAUCAUUGCUAAGGUUAGGGAAUCUGAGCCAAUUUGUGCAAUAGAAGCAGAAGGGUUUGAGCUUCUGCUGUACUGGUAUAUGCCUCCCACAUUCUACUUAUUUGUCAGAAUACACACUACCUAUUGUUGCCUCUUGAGGCUGCCAAAUUCCUGCUUCUGUCUCUGCCCUUUGGUGAACUGGGGACAGGGUUCGAGCUGAGUGAAACAGUAGUCUGGAGAGGAGAAGAUGGCGGCUACAUUGCAACUGUGGCUGCUGAAGCACAAAUAUUUCUGCCUAAGCUAUUUGCUCUUGCCCCUGAAAUGAUAUGGAGCAGAGGGAAAGAAGAAACUUACUCCAGGGCAGGAGCAAGACUCAUGGUCAACAAAUUUCUCUCCCAUUCUACCUUGAUAAACAGAAGUGUUGGGGGUGAAGAGAAACAAUCACUAUUUUUUCCCCUUUUCUAUCUGGUACAUAAUUAAAAGAAAAAAACAAA